GGGAUGGAUUUCUAUAGUAACUCGAGUACUAUAUAAACAAAAGGCAAAAUAUGGAAUAGCGUCAAUAAAUUCAAAAUAUUCAAAAAUGAAGGUUUAUUUAAUUUUGUUAUUAGUUGUUAUUCCAAUUAUAACUGGAGGACCUAUUUUCAGAAAAAGUUCUGUUACAACGCAAAAAUUGGUAGAAAAACAUGGUUAUUCAUUCGAAGAGCAUUCUGUGCAAACUUCCGAUGGAUACAUUCUUGGACUCCAUAGAAUUCCCUACUCGCCAAAAGUUCAAAGUGAUGAGCCACGUCCAAUAGCUUUCCUUAUGCAUGGCCUAUUGUGCUCUUCAAGUGAUUGGGUUAUACCAGGUCCCGAAAAUGGCUUGGCUUUUGUACUCUCCGAUGCUGGUUACGAUGUUUGGAUGGGAAAUGCUCGUGGAAAUACCUAUUCCAGAGAGCAUGCCAGUUAUAAUCCAUUUUUCAAGAAAUUUUGGUCCUUCGAUUGGCACGAAAUUGGCUUAUACGAUCUAUCAGCUAUGAUGGACUAUGUUUUGUAUUAUACAGAUGAAGAACAACUAACUUAUUUUGGACAUUCUCAAGGAACAACAACAUUCUUGGUUUUGAAUUCUCUGAAUUUGAGAUUUAAUUCCAAAAUCAAAUCGGCUCACUUAAUGGCUCCAGUGGCAUUUAUGGAAAACAUGGAGGGACCAUUGACAGAUAUUGCUGCCCUUUUGUUUGGACAACCCAAUAUUUGGCCAGAACUAUUUGGAGAUAUGGAAUUUUUACCAAACACCAAAUUAAUGGAGCUAUUGGGUUUAACAGCUUGCCGUGAGAGUUCUCCAAUUCAGUUUUUCUGUUCGAAUAUUAUGUUUCUUUUUACUGGAUUUGAUUAUGAGAAUCUAAAUACUACCCUUUUACCUGACAUUUUGGCAACAACUCCUGCAGGUGCAUCUGUUAAUCAGAUAACUCACUAUUUGCAAGAGAACAAUUCGGGAUAUUUUCGUCAAUUUGAUUAUGGAUUUUUACGGAAUCCAUUUGCUUAUGGAAGUACAAAGCCUCCAGAAUAUCCAAUUGAGGAAAUAGACGUGCCGAUAUUUUUGUACUACAGUGACAAUGAUUAUUUGUCAUCGGUGGUAGAUGUUCAUAGAUUGAUGAGAACUUUGAAAGAAACAACACUUAGGAGAGCUUAUAGAGUUCAACAUCCAAAAUGGAAUCAUUUAGAUCACAUUUGGGGAAUGAACAUUAAGGAAUAUCUGCAUGAUGCUAUCAUGGAGGAUUUGGAAUCGAUGAAAAACUCAUAGUUUUUUUUUUCUAAAAAUUGUGAUAUGUAGAAUAAGGUUUAUACAAUAUAUUAU